UACUUGAAAAUGCUCCCAUGUAAAAUCUAGUGAAAGUUUAGUAAAUUUUUCUAAUGCUAGAAAAUUUACAAUUCUAGAAUUUGAUAAUCAAAAUUAUUUACAUUUAAGAAAUAUGAAUUUAAUAAGUAUCGUUCAACAAAAAGUGAAAUAUUCAGUUAUGAAAUAUGAAUACUUUUGAUAAGAAUAGUUAUAUUACGAAAUCUGUUCACAUGAAUAUAAACUUAACGUUUUGUUGAGAAUAGUACAUAUUAUCCUUUUUUCCUAAGAUCAUAUACUUUAGACAAUCAGUUUUCGGCGCGGAUUUAGGUUAUCUCUAUAGAAUUUAGAGGCUACUACAAUCAUAAAUUAGGAUUAUCGGAAUGGUCACCAGCAUGAUGUACAUUAUUUUAGGAUUUUAUAAUCUUUAGAAACAUGAGUAAUGAAAAUAAACGUAAACAAUUUUGUCGCGAUCAGAAUAGAAAUAGGUAAAAAAUGGAUCGCGAAGAAGAAUUUCUUAAUAUGUUUUUUACUCACGUUGCUCAAUUAUGUACUGACAAAGCUAAAGAGUUAGUUGAAAAGGAACGUGGAUCAUGUCGUCAAACACAAAUGGGCCCAUGGGGAAUGUUACUUAUGCAUUUACCACAAAUAGCAGUGGCAGAACAUUCUUAUGCAGAUCUAGGUUUUCUUCAUACUAAGAAUAAAGGAUUUUUGAGAAAAGAUAAUUCAUUAAGAACAGUAUAUGAAUCUUUGAAGUCUGAUCUUAAAAGGGUAGAGGAAAUGACCAGAGGAACUAAUUCAAUUGGUGCAACAGUUGCCGAGGUUUCUAAUCAACUGUGUCAAUAUAUUACUGCAAAAAUACAACUGAUAGAUUUUUAUGAAAAAAUGUACAAUAUGAGUAUUAAUAGUAAGACUAUGAAAUAUCAGGAGCUAUUACAAUGCAUUGAAGGAAUAGUAGAAAUUCAUUCUUUGUCUUGUUCGCAUCUUGCGUUAACUGCUAUUAAAACAAAGUGCGAAAUAUUAGUGCAAUUAACAAAGGCACAAGUUGAACUUCAACAUUGGAGAUUCUUGUCAACGUUAAUGGCUCUUUAUGGUGCACAAACACGAAUGUCAGCUUGGGAGAGAACUUUACAAAAUAAAGAGUCAUGGAAACUGGGUUUCAGUGCUUCAUUUUUAAAAGCAAAUCAACAACCAGCAUUGUAUCAAUGGUUAGUGAAACUACGUAGUAGCAUAUUGGCUAAAUGCUCUUUAUAUUUUCAUACUACUUUAAGUCAGCAGGCUAGUCCAGGAGAAAUGAGAAGUAUCAUGAGCAAACAAAAUGUGGAUUACUACCACAAAAUACAAAGCUUCCAACGGAAACACGAUGUCCUAGCAGUCUUAAUAAUAUUCGACUCUAGGGGUGUUGAAGAUGCAGGUUCAGGUUACAGACAUCCACGUAGAGAACCAAAUACUUCUGAACAAUUUCCUGUGGUUCUUUGCUGUCCUAGUGUAUUUAUACAAAAGCCAUCAAUUCACUUAGAUAAUAUACAGAAACGAAUUAAAGAACGACAUACGGAACUUUCUGCUAUGGAUAAAAUUAUAUAUUGUAAAAAUGUAAAAGAAAUAUGUAUAUAUGCCAUGUAUAAUACUGAUCCUAGAAUGACUUUAGUCAUUGUAUUUGAAAGUGGUAAACAAAAGGAUAAAGAAACUCAUAUAUCAUCGUUUAUGACAGACUUGUGCGUGCAAAUUAAAUGUAAUAAAAUAUACGAAUCGAAAUAAUGUAACGCUCCAAAGUUCUUUAGAAUGUGCAGGAAUUUCCUCUAAAAUAUCACCUGAAGCAAUAUCAAUGAUUAACAUUUUACCAUCUUUUAAACCUACAAUCAAAUGUCUAUCUCCUGGUACAAAUGUUACUGUCAAAGCAUAA